UGUCCUGCAUUAUUAGGCUGCUCCAUUAGCAGGAACAACAGACAGCAGCGCCCCCUGUCUGCACGCAUGAGAUCCUGAAGGAAUAAAAAGCUCCAUCAUCCUCCUCGGAGCAUCGAGCAUCGUUCCGGAGGAGAUGAGCAUCCUCCCCGCCCUAAGACACCCAUGAAUACCGAGUAGGGUCGCUGAUUCUCGCACAAACACAUCAGGGAUAUAAAGGACAGGAACAUGGCUAAACACCGCAAAGAGAGAGACAGCUGGGGGUCCCUGAGCGACAAGCCGGUGUACGACUGGAGCUCGGAGGAGGAGGAGCCUGACGGACGGGCGCGGCCGAUUCAAGUCCUGCUGGUGAAGGACGACCACACCUUCGAGCUGGACGAGGCAGCGCUGAGCCGGAUCCUGCUGAGCGCCGAGGUCCGGGACCGAGAAGUGGUCGCCAUCUCUGUGGCCGGAGCCUUCCGGAAGGGCAAGUCCUUCCUCAUGGACUUCAUGCUGCGCUACAUGUACAACCACGCGUCUGAGGGCUGGCUGGGCGUUGCAGACGAGCCUCUGACCGGCUUCUCCUGGAGGGGGGGGUCCGAGAGAGAGACCACCGGGAUCCAGAUCUGGAGCGAAGUCUUCCUGGUGGACAAACCCGACGGCACCAAGGUGGCUGUUUUGCUGAUGGACACUCAGGGAACGUUUGACAGCCAGUCGACUCUGAGAGACUCGGCCACCGUGUUCGCUCUGAGCACCAUGAUCAGCUCCAUGCAGGUUUACAACAUCUCACAGAAUGUACAAGAAGACGACCUUCAGCACCUGCAGCUCUUCACUGAGUACGGCAGACUAGCCAUGGAGGAGACGUUCCUCAAGCCCUUUCAGUCUAUGAUCUUCCUGGUUCGAGACUGGAGCUUUCCCUACGAGUUUCCCUACGGACAGGAGGGAGGCAUGAAUUUCCUGGAGAAGAGACUGAAGAUCUCAGAGAACCAGCACGAGGAGCUGCAGAACGUCCGUAAACACAUCCACUCCUGCUUCACCAACAUCUCCUGCUUCCUGAUGCCCCACCCCGGACUCAAGGUCGCCACCAACCCCAACUUCGACGGCAGGAUUAAAGAGAUUGAUGGCGAGUUCAUCAACAACCUGAAGGUCUUGGUGCCGUGGCUGCUCAGUCCUGAGAACAUCGACGUGAAGGAGAUCAACGGCAGCAAGAUCACCUGCAGAGGCCUGCUGGAGUACUUCAAGGCGUACAUUAAAAUUUACCAGGGUGAGGAGCUGCCCCAUCCAAAGUCCAUGCUGCAGGCCACAGCAGAGGCGAAUAAUCUGGCUGCAGUCGCUGCUGCAAAGGAUCUGUACAGCAAGAAGAUGGAGCAGGUGUGUGGGGGGGACCGGCCCUUCCUGGCCCCCAGCGAGCUGCAGGCGCGGCACGGGGCCAUCAGGGAGGAGGCGCUGCAGGUGUUCAAGGGCGUGAAGAAGAUGGGCGGCGAGGAGUUCAGCCGGCGCUACCUGCAGCAGCUGGAGGCCGAGGUGGACGAGGUGUUCGUCCAGUACAUCAAGCACAACGACUCCAAGAACAUUUUCCACGCCGCACGCACCCCCGCCACCCUCUUCGUGGUCAUCUUCGUCAUGUACGUGGCCGCCGGCAUCACGGGCUUCGUGGGCGUGGACGUGAUCGCCAGCCUGUGCAACAUGGUGCUGGGCCUGGCGCUCAUCACGCUCUGCACCUGGGCCUACAUCCGAUACUCUGGGGAGUACAGAGAGCUGGGGGCCGUCAUCGACCAGGUGGCCGGGGCCCUGUGGGACCAGGAGCUUCAUCGGACGGUUACAAAAGGUGAAAAGAGAGACCGAGUAAGGGGAAUGGCGUGA